AAAUUGCUGCUUCGAUGAUUGCGCUGACAGGACGCAAGGAGCUUGGAGUAUUUUCGUGUUCAGAGGAUAAAUAAAAUUCGCAAGCAGCGGUUGAGUGUAAUUGAUUCAUUUGUGAAUAAGGAAAAUAGUUUCUGUGUGUAGUGAAUAAUCAAGGGACAUAUUUUCUGUGCUCCGAAAACAACAAUUUGUUGCGUUGAAAGUGUGACCGUCCUUGUUAACAGCCUCAAUGAAAUCCAAUGCCCAAUAGGCUGUAGUGAAGGAAACAGCCGUCGCCGUCUUUUUUCUUAUUAUUUCCAAUUCCACUGACGCCAGGCAAAAGCAGAAGAGCACGCCCAUGAAACACUACCAAAGCGCUGCAGAAAUAUUUACGCAGAACAAGAAAAAAAAAACGAAAGUAUUCAAUGAGAUCUGUGGCGAUAAAUGUGGGCAUUCAACAUACAUACUUUCAAAUUAUUAUUAAUUAAAAGAAAUUUGCAAAUAUACGAUGUGCGAACGCGAGCAAAUAUUGUUAUUACUAUAGAGAAAAGGCAAUAAUUGUUUAUGUGAUGAUUUGUUGAAAGCGUAUAGAAGACCGUGCAAUUCCAUAGCGUACGUAUGUAUAGCCGCGUGUAUUUUUUGUGCGUCCGCAGAUACAAGUUCGUGUGUGUGUUUUAUGUUUGUGUUUAAUAACUGCAUAUGUGCUCAUAUGGCUUGGCUGUCAAUGGUGGCGCGCUUAUAUGGCAAAAAAGAAUUGUGACACUAAUACGAUUUUCUGUAAAAGAAUUUAUGUAAAUUGUUUCCAUAAAUUGUAUAGAACUUACAUCUUUUUAUUGUUCAUAGUUAUAUUGUCCUACAUCAUAGUUCAAUAUAAAAUCCCGCGCGCAUCCGUACACAUAGACCUAGCAUAUUUUUAACCUCAGCAAUAUAAUUUUGGAAUAAAGUGUACGCAUUUAUCAGCUAAUCAGCGCAAGAGCAGCUUGCUCAAGGAGCAUUUAGCAACAAAUAUUCACUUAAAUCUGUAGUCCACACAACAUUCAUACCAUGGCCAUGGCGGCAAAUAGUAGCAGUGGUAGUGGUGGCGUCUUGGGUGCCGCCGGCGGUGGUAUUGCUGGUGGAAACAGUGAUUUGUGGCGUGAGUGUGUUGCCUGGCUGACACGCUGCAAAAUAAUACCACCCGAUCAUAAAGCGAAUUGGCCAGAUUCCGAAAUACGGGUACUUGCCUUGACGCUACGCGAUGGAGUUUUGCUUUGUAAUCUGGUCAUUUAUUUGGAUGCCAAUAGUAUGGAUCCACGGGACUUUAAUCGCAAGCCGCAAAUGGCACAGUUUUUAUGCUGUAAAAAUAUAAAACUUUUUCUGGAUGUUUGCCGCAACCAUUUCGGACUUCGGGAUUCAGAUCUCUUCGAGCCUACAAUGUUGUACGAUUUGACGAAUUUUCAUCGUGUGCUGAUAACACUCUCGAAAUUAUCGCAAUGCCGCAAAGUACAACAACUACAUCCGGAUUUAAUUGGCUUCAAUAUUCAACUCUCUCCCAGCGAACGCUCCCACUCCGAUGAGGCCAUUUACAAGGAUCUACAUUCGACCACCACCGACAAUAAUGCAUGCCACAAUGAUCAUAUCAAUACCAAAGAGGAGGAAGUCUAUCAAGACUUGUGUGCCUUACAAAGGAACAGUAGAAGUCAGAUCUCUUCGGCGACCAGUUUUGAGCAACGCGACUAUGUCAUACGUGAACUGAUCGAUACCGAAUCGAAUUAUUUGGAUGUGCUUAAUGCGUUAAAGACGAAAUUUAUGGCGCCACUUGAACGUUACCUGAAUCCAGAGGAAAUCAAACAAAUAUUUCCGCGCAUACGCGAACUUGCUGAUAUACACACAAGGUUCCUCGAAAAACUACGUGAAUCUCUUUUGCCAAAUACCAAACUGAAAAUGAGUCAGGUGUUUUUGGAAUUUCGCGAACCAUUCCUGCUCUAUGGAGAUUACUGUUCGUGUCUGUUGGGUGCCAUAGAUGUGCUUGCUGAUGUAUGCAAGAAGAACCAGAUUAUCGAACAGCUUGUACAGCAAUGCGAACGAGAAUAUAAUGUGGGCAAAUUGCAACUGCGUGAUAUUUUAUCCGUACCUAUGCAGCGAAUUCUAAAAUACCAUUUACUGUUAGAUAAGCUAGUCAAAGAAACCUCACCGGUGCACGAGGAUUAUCGGGCGCUGGAGCGUGCCAAAGAAGCAAUGAUCGAUGUGUCACAAUAUAUUAACGAAGUAAAACGUGAUUCGGACCACUUAGUAAUUAUACAGAAAGUUAAAGACAGCAUAAUCGACCUGCAUCUGCUACCAAAUGGCAGUAAUGAUCUGCUACAAUAUGGUCGCCUGCUACUGGAUGGUGAAUUACACAUAAAAGCGCAUGAAGAUCAGAAGACGAAGUUACGUUACGCAUUCGUUUUCGAUAAAAUAUUGAUUUUAGUGAAGCCGCUACAUACUAAAAUGGGCGAUAUGCAGUAUACAUACCGUGACUCGCACUACCUCUCCGAUUAUCGGGUGGAACAAAGUCAUACGCGGCGUACCUUAGGGCGGGAUACACGCUUCAAGUGCCAAUUGCUGUUGGCGCGUAAGUCUGCCAAAACCGCUUUCACACUUUAUUUGAAAUCGGAACCCGAGCGGGAUAAGUGGCGCAAAGCGCUCACUGAAGCAAUGGAAAACUUAGACCCACCUGGUUGUCGCAAUACUGAUCAUAAAAUGGAAAUUUAUACAUUUGAUGCACCUACAACAUGUAGGCAUUGUUCGAAAUUUUUAAAAGGGCGCAUACAUCAGGGUUACCGCUGCAAGGUUUGCGAAAUUGCCGUGCACAAAGGUUGCAUAUCGUCGACGGGUCGCUGCAAACAAAAUCCGCUUAGUAUUCCGCCACCAGUCUGCGAUCGGCAACUUUCAGAGUUUAAUUGGUUUGUGGGCACAAUGGAUCGUGAUACGGCUGCUUCCCGUCUUGAAAAUCGUCGUGUAGGUACUUAUUUGCUGCGCGUGCGCCCUCAAGGUGCAUCCAAUCCACACGAGACUAUGUAUGCGCUGAGUUUGAAAACCGAUGAUCAUGUUAUUAAACAUAUGAAAAUUAAUCAAGAGCCCGAUGGCGAUACAGUACUCUACUGCCUUUCAUCGAGACGUCAUUUUAAAACUAUUGUCGAACUAGUUUCGUACUAUGAACGCAACGAUUUGGGCGAAAAUUUUGCAGGUCUUAAUCAAUCGCUGCAGUGGCCCUUCCGCGAAGUAAUAGCUACUGCCAUUUAUGAUUUUGAGCCCAAAGGCAGCAAUCAAUUGCAGCUUAAGACUGGCUGUCAAGUGCUGGUCAUUGGUAAAGAUGGUGAUAGUAAAGGUUGGUGGCGUGGAAAAAUUGGUGAUACGGGUCAAAAUGGCUUCGAAGAACUGCGACGUUACGUGAAACAAGGUGGCGACUUCGGAAAGGAACUUAUAAUAAUAUUACAAGAAAGAGUUGAGUCUGAAACAUUAUACUCGAAAUCUCUCUCCAAAAUGGCCAACAAAUUGAACAAAGCCUGUCGAGAACUGCCCGGCAGCAUAGCCGAUGCUUGGCGUGGUGUGGCUACCGAAAUGGAGAAUCGCAGCGACAUCCAUCGCCAAUUGUCGGCAUCACUCACAGACGAGAUAGUCAAACCACUCAAAAAUAUAAUCGAUGCACAUCACAAAACUCGAAAGUCGGUUGAGAGCAACGUCGAUAAGGCGGCUCGUACGCUGGCCGAGUGGCGUGUCAGCGAGGCUAAAGCCAAAAAGUCUUCACACACAGCAGCUCGUGAGAAUGAGAAGCUGCAAGAUGCGUUGUUGGAUGUACGAAUACAGAAAUCCCCAUCGAUUGCAUUGUUACACCAGGGACCUAACAAACUUGCUGCCGAAAAAGAGAUCAGAUCGGCCGAAAAGGAUUGUGCCAAAUUGGACAGCAAACGUAAGAAAGCCGAGGAGGCUGUAAAGCGUGCCGACGUCGAAUACUAUACGCUCUGCAUACGCGCUGAGCGCGCUCGUGUCGAUUGGGAAAUGGCCGUGCUGCGUGGCUCUUCACUGCUACAGAAUAUCGAAAAUCAGCGCUUGGUCAAUAUGAAAAAUUUCAUUGCAAACUAUUCGCAGCUAACAUCGAAUAUGAAUCCGAUAUUGGAUGGUUUGAUGCAACGCUUGCAGCCACAAGUGGAAGCUUGUAAUGUAUUGAAGGAUAUGCAAGUGGUUAAGAAUAUACGCCGCAAUUCAGAGGGUCCCAGCGAACAGUUAUUGCCUGAUUUCUAUUGCGAACACACCACAUUGGCGAUGAAUCGGGAGAGACGUAAGCAUGCGCUUAUCAAGCUUCUGCAGUUGGUCAAGGCAGAUUUGGAACGCGAACGACGAUCAAGAAAUGGACUAAAAGGACUAUCGCAGUCGCUGAACAAUCAGGAGAAUCAGAAUAUCACCGACAAGUUGUAUCAUAUACGAUCGAUGCUGACUUAUUUGGAAGGCGCACGCUUCAAAUUACACUCGGCGCUUUUAGAAUUAGAUCACAAACCCAGGUCGUCGCAUCCACUAGCGCAGCAUAUACAGGUCACACGCGAUCGCACUGGCCUCCAACAAAGCGUACUAAAAGUACCACUUUGGCUGAAGAAUAACGAUCGCAUGAGUCAGGAUGAUGGCAGCGCAUCUGUGCACGAGAACGAAUACGAAUGUGUAACACAAUCGAACAAUUCUUCGAACGCCAGCUGUACAGACCUCAGCAAGGACCUGCUCAUACGCAAAUUCAAUCGCAGCAAGAGUAAUAUCGAAACGCUCAGCAACAAGACACAACUCUGCAUCGCUACCAUUGAUAAAACAAAGACCAUACCAGCGACUAUCGACGAUCCUUACAGCGAUCGCGGACAAGCCGAUGGUGGUUCAAAUCAACAAGAUUCAGAUUUCGAUGAAUUCAGCUCACAGGACGAUGAUGAUGAGCAAACGACGACAACCAGCUCCUCGGGACGUAAGGAGCAUAAGGCGAUUAUAGAGAAGAGUACGAUGUUGGCUAAUGGCACCGCAACAGUUAUGUCGACGGGAGCGGCGACCAAGACACCAACAACGACGCCCACAAUCUACCAGAAUGCAGCAGAGGCACACAAUGGACAAACACAUAAUGGCAAUGGCAAUGGCAAUGGUACGCCGAUUAUACUAAGUAGAUGCAAGGCGCUAUACAGCUACACACCAAAAUUGUAUGACGAACUGGAAUUGACGCCAGGCGACAUUAUUGAAGUGCAUGCCAAGCAAGAGGAUGGCUGGUGGCUUGGCGCCUUAGGCAAUCAUGUGGGCAUCUUUCCAGCGACCUAUGUCGAAGAAUUCGCAUGAAGGAUAUAGAAUUAGUUUUAAUUAGGUGUAAAGUAAUUAGAGGCGAAAAUCUAGUGGUCAAUGGUGUGAAAGAGAGGUAGUUAUAUGUAUGUAUAACUGUGCAUGAAGCGAGUCGACUGUCCAGUUGGCCGAAAGUAGCAGCGUGCAAUGGUCGAAAGCCGUGUUUAAUCUAUUUCUAUAGUUGUAACUUGUCUUCCCUACGACUGCCAAAAUGGGUUGCGUUCAACAUGACCACCCUUAAGUACAGAACAAUAAAACGUGGCCUGCCUGACUGCCUACUUGUCACUCUCAAAUUAAGCCUAUGCACAUUCUAUUAUGAGGCCUUGAACAUUUUUUGAUAAUCAAUUUUCGGAAGCAAAAUAAUAUAUGAAAAUAGUAUGUAUUUAGGUUAGCCAUGUCUACCCUGUGAACAAAAGAAUCUGAUUCGUCAUCAAUAUAUAGAACGCAUGAAAUAUUUUUGAUUCGUUUUCGUUGAAAUGUUUAUUUUAAAUGGUAGUUGUAAGGAAUUAGAAGUUGUUCUAUUGCAUUACUUAUGUAUUUCUAUAUACUUAUACAUAUGUAUGUAUUUAUGAAGCGCAUAAUUACGUAACUAAGUCCAACUUCAAUAAGAUACAUACGUAUGUAUUUAUGUGGAUUCAUGCAUCCGCUUUGGAAAAACAAAAAAAAAAAAACAAAUAGAAGCAACAUACAAGAGUUUGAGGGCGAAAAAAUGCUUGAAAUCAAUUGGUAUUUAACUCAUGUUUUAAUGUAGUAAAGAUUACGUAAUUUAAUGUCUACUUAUAUAUUUACAUACAAUUAUUAAUAAAAUGUAUUCUUUGAAACAUAUGAAAAGU